CGGUGUCAGGGGCUAUCUCGGACACGGAGCAAAAAAGCGGGCAUACUGAAAUUUCUACAGUUUUCUGCUGUCUUAAAACGUCAGAAAGCUCAAAUAUUUGGUUUGUUCGGUCAAACGAGUGUAUCUUGUCGGCUAGCGAUCCCCUUGGAUUUGCAUUUUGUUUGGAAAAAGACUAAUUCAUUCGGCGCUCGUAGCGGGCCUUUUCUUCUUAACUUUGCUAACGUUAGCAGGCUAACACGAGCACGUUUUUGUUUGUCGAUUCUCUCUGUUACCUUCUAAAACGUACCACACCGCUGAUGUGUGAAUUACUUAAUGACUUUUUUAAAAUUUAGUGGCACGAAGGUUUGUAACUGAAGCUAUCUAACUGCAGCUAUAACGGCGAGCUAUUGGUCUUUUCUUUAAAGUGUCGCUCACUUUGUCGCUAGCUAAGCUAGCCACCGCCGUCUGAACAACGCAGCCGCUGAAAGCGUAACAAGCUACAACCCAGAAAUGUCGGACUACGACGAAUUCGAAAGACAGCUGUCUGAAAACAAACAAGCUGAAAGGGACAAAGAGAACCGCCAUCACCGGCGGUCCUCAUCUCGCAGCCGUAGCAGAGAGAGGAAGAGGAGGAGCAGAGACAGGGACAGACGCAGCAGGGACCGCCGUGGAGACAGUAAGGAGCGAAGACACAGGCGUAGCUCACCAGCCAACUACCCUCAGGACAACGCUGGAAGCCGUUCUCCUCAUCGUGAGAAGAAGAAGAAGGUGAAGAAGUACUGGGAUGUUCCUCCACCUGGUUUUGAACACAUUACUCCCAUGCAGUACAAAGCCAUGCAAGCUGCAGGACAAAUCCCAGCCACAGCCCUCCUGCCGACCAUGACUCCAGAUGGCCUGUCUGUCACUCCCACCCCUGUACCUGUGGUGGGCAGCCAGAUGACCCGGCAGGCCCGCCGUCUCUACGUUGGCAACAUCCCCUUUGGUAUCACAGAGGAGUCAAUGAUGGACUUCUUCAACGCUCAGAUGCGUUUAGGGGGUCUUACUCAGGCCCCUGGGAACCCUGUCCUUGCAGUGCAGAUUAACCAGGAUAAGAACUUUGCCUUCCUUGAGUUCCGUUCAGUGGACGAAACGACUCAGGCCAUGGCCUUUGAUGGCAUCAUCUUUCAAGGCCAGAGCCUGAAAAUUCGUCGUCCACACGAUUAUCAGCCCUUGCCUGGCAUGAGCGAGAAUCCUAGUGUCUAUGUGCCUGGUACACAGACAAUUAAUGGUGUGGUGUCCACAGUGGUGCCAGACUCUGCUCACAAACUCUUCAUUGGUGGUUUGCCCAACUACCUAAAUGAUGACCAGGUGAAGGAGCUGUUGACAUCAUUUGGCCCUCUGAAGGCCUUUAACCUGGUGAAAGACAGCGCCACAGGCCUCUCUAAAGGAUACGCCUUCUGUGAAUAUGUUGAUGUCAACCUCAACGAUCAGGCUAUUGCUGGACUGAACGGCAUGCAGCUUGGAGACAAGAAGCUCCUGGUGCAGAGAGCUAGUGUUGGAUCCAAGAAUGCCACUCUGACAACUAUCAACCAGACCCCAGUGACGCUGCAGGUACCAGGUCUGAACAGCUCUGUCACCCAGAUGGGUGGCCUGCCCACUGAGGUGCUGUGUCUGAUGAACAUGGUGGCCCCCGAAGAGCUUCUGGACGAUGAAGAGUACGAGGAGAUCGUAGAAGAUGUCAGGGAGGAGUGCGGCAAGUACGGCCAAGUGAAGAGCAUCGAGAUCCCUCGUCCUGUGGACGGCCUGGAAAUCCCCGGGACUGGCAAGAUUUUCGUGGAGUUCACUUCGGUCUUCGACUCCCAGAAGGCCAUGCAGGGGCUAACAGGAAGAAAGUUUGCCAACAGGGUGGUGGUAACGAAGUACUGCGAUCCAGAUGCUUAUCAUCGCCGGGACUUCUGGUAGAGGG